AUGGUUCUCGCACGAUUUGCUUGGCUUGCUAGCUUGAUUAGCAUUGCCAUUGCUGCCACUCCAGAUGAAUGGCGCUCACGGUCGAUCUACUUCAUGCUCACUGAUCGAUUCGCCCGAACGGAUGGUUCAACUACUGCCACCUGUGAUACCAGUGAUAGAAAAUACUGUGGCGGAACCUGGCAAGGAAUUAUAGACAAGCUGGACUACAUCCAAGGAAUGGGCUUCACGGCCAUUUGGAUCACUCCCGUGACUGGCCAAUUGACCGAGGAUACUGCGUAUGGCUAUGCCUAUCACGGAUACUGGCAGCAGGACAUCUAUGCUCUCAACUCGAACUACGGAACUGCAGACGAUCUCAAGGCUCUCGCUACGGCUUUGCAUGAACGCGAUAUGUAUCUCAUGGUCGAUGUAGUAGCAAACCACAUGGGCUACGAUGGCGCAGGCACUGACGUAGACUACACCAAAUUCAACCCCUUCAACGAUGCGAAGUAUUUCCACCCCUACUGCUCAAUCGCCGAUUACAGCAACGAUACCAUGGUGCAAGACUGCUGGCUUGGGGAUGACAAUGUUUCGCUACCGGAUCUGGAUACAGAGAGCACCGAGGUGCAGGACAUAUGGUAUGACUGGGUUGGAUCUUUGGUCUCUAACUACUCGAUCGACGGUCUCCGCGUUGACACAGUCAGACACGUCCAGAAAGAUUUCUGGCCCGGCUAUAAUAAAGCCGCCGGCGUCUACUGCGUAGGCGAGGUCUUUGAUGGUGACGCUGAUUAUACCUGUCCAUACCAGGAGGUAAUGGACGGAGUGCUCAACUAUCCAAUUUACUACCCACUCCUCAAUGCCUUUCAAUCGACCUCUGGAAGCAUGACCGACCUAUACAACAUGAUAAAUACGGUGAAAUCGACUUGCAAGGACUCAACCCUUCUCGGGAGCUUUGUGGAGAAUCAUGAUAACCCUCGUUUUGCCUCCGUCACCGACGACAUUGCCCUCGCUAAGAACGCAGUCACAUUCACUAUCAUGGCAGACGGCAUUCCUAUCGUCUACGCCGGGCAGGAGCAACACUACAAUGGUGGCGAAGACCCAGCUAAUCGCGAGGCUGUAUGGUUGUCCGGGUUCAACACCGACAGCGAACUGUACAAGCUCAUUGCAACGGCCAAUGCUGCGAGAAACCAGGCGAUUGCUAAAAGUACCAACUAUACUAUUUACCAGAACUACCCAAUCUACAAAGACGAUACCACCAUCGCCAUGCGGAAGGGCUUUGACGGCGGACAAAUAAUCACUGUAUUGAGCAAUCUCGGUGCAGGAGGUGCAGAGUACUCGGCUUCAAUUCCUGAUACUGGAUUCGCAGCUGGUGAGGAGUUGACGGAGGUUGUGUCCUGCGCUAGUGUUACUGCCGGUGAUAGUGGGGAGGUGUCUGUUGCUAUGGCGGGUGGAGAGCCCAGGAUUUUACUGCCUACCUCUUUACUUGAGGGCUCAACUCUGUGUUCGUCGUAG